AUGAUUGCUUGCUUCUUCGCUCCCGCUCGCGCUGUUGCCCAGCAUGUCAUUGGCCAUCACACCACCCUCGUUAUUGUUGGGCCCGUUGAGCGACAGGAGCACCAAGUCCGCGGCAUCAUGAACGCUGCCCAGCCUGGCCUCGACAGUCUUCACAUGCGUCUUACCGCACUUGACCAUGGCCGCUGGGCCAUCAGUAGCCAGGGACGCCUGGCCUGA